AUGGCCGUUAACGACAUUCUCACUCACAAGAUCUUCACCAUCUUGUCUUGGUUGGUUGCAACCUACUAUUCUUUCAGAUAUUUCGUUGGUAGAGACCCACUUAGCCAUGACAAUCCAUACCACAGCGUGAACACUCCAUUCACGCUCAACAUUGUAGUCACCAUGGUGUAUUGGGCUGUGUUUUUGUUAAUGCAAAUCCUCUUUGUCACCCAAAUCUUCGUUCCUACCGUCAACAAUGCCAGCGGUAUCACCAACAGAUUGGAAGUCACCAAGAACAUCGGCUGGCAUUUUACCGCCUUUAACUUGUUCCAUUGGGCAUGGACUUUGCUUUUCGUUAAGAAGCACUACUUCUGGUCCGAGGUGAUCUUGAUCUUGAACUUCUUGAACAUUCUUGCCUUGUACUUUGCCCACAAGACUUUCUCCUUGCGUCCAUUCAGCAACUGGUUCUUGAUCCACAUGUCCACUGCUGCAUUCCCAUUCUCCUGGUUGCUCAUGGCCAUCUUCUGGAACGGUGCUGUUUUGUUCCACGUGCACAAGCUUCUUGGUCGUAUCAUGGCUAACAUUUUGGUCUGGCUCUUGUUUUUCAUUCCAGCCUCUUUUGUGGUUGUGUUCAACGAUUGGGGUAUCGGUAUCACUUCCUCCGUCCUUACUUUCGGCUUGGGCUUGGGUCAAUUGUUCACCAAGGCCUUCGCAUUGCAAUGGAUCUUUGGCUUCAUCAUUUCCGGCCUCUUGUUUGUCCUCACUGUUAUAGUUGCCAGCGGUUGGGCUAUCAGAAGAGGCGUCUCUUCUUCCGAGUCCGCUCCUUUGUUGGAGGGUUAA